GGAGAGAGGAAGGCGGGACGUGCAGAAGUUGUUCAUGUCGGGAGAGCGCACCACGAGUCCAACAUCUCCACGCUCGGGAGCGUAAAGGAACAUUUUGCUCGAAUCUUGAGGCUUCACAGACGUCUGUAAUGCGUUACUGACAAGACUUCAAUCAUCAGCAUCAUCUUUAUCCUCAGAAAGCAUCGUCAAGCGUCAAUGUAUCAAUGACUUUCUCCAGGAAACUAACAACCGCCCUCCUGCUGGUGCUCCUCGCAGCGCAAGGCUGUUUUUCAUCGAAGGGGGAGGACAGAUUAUUUCGGAGGUUGUUCAGGAGGUACAACCAGUUCAUCCGGCCAGUGGAGAAUGUAUCGGAUCCAGUCACAGUGGAGUUUGAGGUGUCCAUGUCUCAACUGGUUAAAGUGGAUGAGGUGAAUCAGAUUAUGGAAACCAAUCUGUGGCUGAGACAUGUGUGGAAUGACUAUAAACUGAAAUGGGCCCCUGUUGACUACGAUGGGAUUGAGUUCAUACGAGUUCCAUCCAAUAAAAUUUGGAGGCCAGACAUUGUUUUGUACAACAAUGCUGUAGGUGACUUCCUCGUGGAAGACAAGACCAAGGCUCUGCUGAAGUUUGAUGGCACCAUCACCUGGAUUCCUCCAGCUAUUUUCAAAUCCUCCUGCCCCAUGGACAUCACCUACUUCCCAUUUGACUACCAGAACUGCUCUAUGAAGUUUGGCUCCUGGACCUAUGACAAGGCCAAGAUCGACCUGGUGCUCAUUGGCUCAAAGGUGAACCUGAAAGACUUCUGGGAAAGUGGAGAAUGGGAGAUCAUCGACGCACCAGGAUACAAGCACGACAUCAAGUACAAUUGCUGCGAGGAGAUCUACCCGGACAUCACCUACUCCUUCUACAUCCGCCGCUUGCCUCUCUUCUACACAAUCAACCUUAUCAUCCCCUGCCUCCUCAUCUCCUUCCUCACAGUGCUGGUCUUCUACCUCCCGUCUGACUGCGGCGAGAAGGUCACCCUGUGUAUCUCCGUCCUCCUCUCCCUCACUGUGUUCCUGCUGGUCAUCACUGAGACCAUCCCUUCGACAUCACUUGUCAUCCCUCUGAUCGGGGAGUACCUCCUCUUCACCAUGAUUUUUGUCACGCUCAGCAUCGUCAUCACUGUCUUUGUGCUGAAUGUCCACUACCGCACCCCUAUGACUCACACAAUGCCGGAGUGGGUGAGGUCUGUGUUCCUCGGGGUGCUGCCCAGGGUGAUGCUGAUGAGGCGGCCUAUCGACCAGGGCUGCUCCCCCCCUGCCAGUAUUACAGGAGGGAGCAGCGGGGGAAACACAAAGAGGAAGAACAGCAUAGGAGGAGGAAGUGGCUCAGGAAGUGUGAGUGUCGGGGGUAUAACUGGAGGUGUAGCGUGUGCACCGCUGGAUGGUUGCACAGGAGUAGGAGGGGCCGCCUCAGCUGGCAGCUCCAUGAACUGUGUGGAGUACGGUGAGAUGAACCGUGAUGUGAACCGGGAUAUGAACAGGAGGUGCCCCUACAGAGGCAAGGAGGUACCGACUCCUGUCCCUCCCACAAUGGUGCCUCCUCCUCCUCCUCCUCCUCCUCCUCCCCCCCCACAGGCACCUCCGACCCAGGUGCCCCAGGAGUCAGAGUUGCCCAAGGUGCCAAGGCCGCUAAAUGCCCCUACAGCUGUCAACGCUGUUGUUGCCUUCUCCUUGGUGUCUCCAGAGAUCAAGCAGGCCAUAGAGAGCGUGAAGUACAUCGCAGAGAACAUGAGGACUCGCAACAAAGCUAAAGAGGUGGAGGACGACUGGAAGUACGUUGCCAUGGUCAUCGACAGGAUCUUCCUGUGGGUUUUUGUGACCGUGUGUGUGCUGGGAACAGUGGGACUCUUCCUCCAGCCACUCAUUAGCUUCUUUCAAUGAGAAACUCUUCUUUGUCCUGUCCAUUUGUCCCUCUUUUUUUUGUCUAUUUCUGUCUGUCACGUUAUCCCACUUGAAUUACUUUGGGAAUUAUCCCUGUUGCAGCUCUUUCACAUCAAACACUUAACUGUCUUCUUUUUCCUUCUCUGGCGUUCUGUCUCUCCUCUCUCUGUCUCAUGCUCUUCUCUGGGACUCCAUCAUCAGACAUCACUUCUAGCUCUCAGCUGUUUCCUCACAUGACUUACCCUGAUUUCCCCAUGUCAUCUUUGCCUUGCCCUCUCAAUGUGCACGCAAUGCUGUUACCCAGUCUCUUCCUCUCCAACAAUGUUAUUUUCUGACAUGAUAAUCACAUCUGCUCUCCUUCCUCUUUCCCUUUCUCAGUUUUUCUCCUCUCCUCAGCCAUAUUCUGACCUGCCCCUGCCUACAGCUUAUCUAUUCAAUUUUGUUCGUUCUUCUCUGCAUUUCCAUUCUGUGUUUUACUGAAAAAUCCAUUGUUAUUGUACAAUCUUAUACAAUAUGUUACAAUGUCAGGUAAUUAUUAAAGUAAUUAUUAUAAUUGCUCUAACAGAACGUCUUAAUAAACAGGAAGGGAUACCUGAAUACCUUUUUGUGAGUUUUGCAGUAGGACUUUGGCGUUGUAGGCCAGUGCAAUAAGACACACUUUUGAGAAAUGUAGUAUAUCAUUUCUGUGUUAAAGACAUAUACUGACAGCUGGUAAUAAUAAGUAUGAUGUUGUGAUGUGAAGGUCAUCUGAUGGCUGGCACCUGUACAUAUGUUUGUAAAAUAAAAAAAGAUUUAUGCAUGGCUUCUGAGAAGGAUGCUAUGGCUGUACACGCAAAAUGUGUUUUCCACGUGCUCACACUAAACUGGCCUUUGCACAUCAAGUUCAUGUAUUUCGUAUGGGGUCAUCCUAUAACAAUGAUUACGCACAGAAACCUUGCACACUGAGUCUUAUGCGUGUUAUUACAUGUAUGUGGGUGCAAUGAAUAGUGCUCGUCCCAAACAGGGCUAAUUAAUUAAUGGCAUUAGCAAGAAGCUAUCGUUUAGCUGCCUAGAGCUUAAUCACUUUCUAAUCUUUCAUACAUCCUUAGGUUUGCGAUCAGUACCUACCAUCCCUGAUUCCAAGCUGUUCUGCAAUCACCUGCCACAACCUAUCUUUAAAUUCUGCUUCUCUGUAUUCUUUACUUUGUUUAUCAUAAAGUGCUUUGUGUUGGAAGACGUUAAAUCAGUUUAUCAGAUGCCAUUUUGGAUGAUGACGUUUUGCAUGUACGGUGUCUCUGAGGGGUCAAACAUCUCUCUAAAGGCUUUUGAUGAAUGCGAAAUUAACAAACUUGUUCCAAAAACUAAUGAUCGCUGAAGGUUUCGGAUUUGGUGUGUGAAGGCAUUAAGUUUAAUAAUUACGCAUCGCACAUGAAUUCACAACUUCACUGCAAACUUACAAUCUAUAGAAUCUCUUUGAAAUGUAGAUUAAACUUGUAAAAAGAUAAAAAGCCAAACGGUCUCAUGUAAUUUAAUAAUAAAGAAGGUCCUGGACUCAAACUGUGUGUGGAGGUUGCUAUCGUCUCCCUGUAUUUGUGAGGGCUUCCUCUGAUGCUCCAGUUUCCUACAAUACUGUAGUCAACUUGCCACAUAUGUACCCUGCCUCUUAACAUCCUUUAACAUUUCAAAAGCAGCUAACUUAUUAUGCAAAGAAUAUUGCAACAUAUUUAUCAAUGUCUUAGUACCAUAGCAUACAAUUAAUGGUAAAACAGUAUUCUGCUUGAAUUGAAUGUUCCCUGAUAUUUACCAACUUAGGGCAGGUCUGGUCAGAUGCAUAAUUAUUGAGUUUAUGUACUAUAAUAUUGAGGCAAUAUUAGCCAAUAUUAGCCAAUGUAUUUAUAAGGAAUUGGAUUUGUUUUUAUUAUGUUCACCUACAGCAGUAGACACACUUUUUGUUCUGCUGUUGUUGGUAAGCAUCUAUAGCAUUACAUUCUAUUUCACUUCUGGAUGUGUUAGUUUUAGCAAAUGGCACAAGAGCCAAAUAUCUGUCAGUGACAGAUGAUUCUGGUGUGUGUUUUCUCGUUAUAUAACAGUCUUGGUGAUUGGUUCUAAAUCUCUGUAAAGACCUGUCUUAUUAAGUGAGUAUGUAAGAUUUGUUAACAACAGCAAGCACCACUGACCAUCUAACAGUCAAACACUUUGUGACUGGAAACUCCCCUGAAUAAAUAUGUGAGGAACUGAA